AUGAUUGCAGACCACCACCAGCCUAUUUCUGAUCCCACGGACCUUCUCGACCAGCUGCGGGCUCGCCUCGAAGAAAUGGUACGGACCUACGAUAAUCACACGGCGGCAUUACAGGUAAGGAUUGAGAACCUUGAGGAAGAGAAAUGCCGUUUGGUCAAAGAAGUCCGGACAGCACAUGAGCUCAAUAACAAGCUCCAGCGACGACUUGAAAGCGCGCAGGACUCGUCAACCGGCGUGGCCAGGAAGACCUACGACCACGCAUUGAAAGUCAUUCGGGACUUGAUUGAAGACAGGCCGCUUGCUGCUGGAGGGGGCGAGGAACUCAAUCAGGUUGUCGUCAGCGACCUCACCGCGUUGGAAGACUCUGAUACGGAGGAGAGCGCAAGUACGGCCCGUCCUCGAAGGACUCCACCGCCAACACAAGCUCCGAAUCCGCCAUCUGAUAUGGAGCCAAUGCAUGUCCAUUUUGGCGCCGACAACUUGCCGAGCUUCGCAACAGAGACACACUGUCGUUUCUUCAAGUGGGCCAAAUGGGUGAAAAUCUUGAAUUUAGACGCAGAUACGGAGGAGACUAUUGAGAGUUUGGCGCUUGCGAACGACUUGAAUCCACGCAUCCAUGGUACAACAGAAGGUCUGCUCUUUGUGUACCAUCCGAUCUUUCUGGAAUUCCCUUCGGAGGGGCAAGUGUCAUAUUUCAUCGAUUGGAGUAGUAAAGAAGUGAAUCAGCGAAUUCAACAAUACUUAUGUGAGAGGGAAAGCGACGAGAAGCCUCUCCACGUCUUCGUAUGGCCCCAGAGUAAGAAAAGCUGGUAUUACGUUGGUGCUCACCGGAUUUCCGUCAUGGAUACGAGGGACACGCGUAUCUGGGCACGAUUAAACAACUCGGACCGACCUAUCGUUGCUCGCCAUAUUGCUGAACGUUGCAAUUACGAUGAGAGCCAAGUCUCGCAAGCUCUGAACUCUGAAGAGCUGGAUGAAGUGUUGCUAGCCGUGCAUCCGGAAGAAGAAGAGACGAAGGAUCUGCUGAGCCGGCUCCCUGAAAAGAAAAAAGCCAAGUAA